UGCACUCGGGUUGCAGCACUACAACCUAGGGUCAGCAACUCAUAUGCAGUAACGUAUCAGGAUAGCAUGCUGAUACAGGAGGAAGUAACAGGUAGUGCAACAGCAGUGCUGCAGCACGGUAUCAGUACUGUAUCAGGAAACAGGAUGAAUCAAGUAACGCGUCAGGAAGAGAUACCACGUUAUGCCCCCGGGGCUGGCCCCCCUCCUUCCCCUAGUAUAUAAACAACGAGCUAGACACCCAUAGAAAUCAGAGUUCACAUCAAUUUCAACCUGAGUCCAAGC